AUGCAGUGCUCUGCUCUGCGCAAGAACGGUCACGUUGUCAUCAAGGGUCGCCCCUGCAAGAUCGUCGACAUGUCCACCUCCAAGACUGGCAAGCACGGUCACGCCAAGGUCCACCUUGUCGCCCUUGACAUCUUCACCGGCAAGAAGUACGAGGAUCUGUCUCCCUCCACCCACAACAUGGACGUCCCCAACGUCUACCGCAAGGAAUACCAGCUCCUUGACGUCACUGACGACGGCUUCCUUUCCCUGAUGGAUGAGGAUGGAAGCACCAAGGAUGAUGUCAAGCUCCCCGAUGGUGAGAUUGGUGACAAGAUCGAGCGCAUGUUCAGAGAGGAGGAGAAGGACUGCAACGUCACUGUCCUCACCUCCAUGGGUGAGCAGUGCUGCAUGGAUGUCAAGGAGGCUCCCCAGGGCAAAUAA